AUGAAAUGCCUUAAAUACCCCAGUGGCAUUUUUGCAAUUUUCCUCAACUCUCUGCCCUACCUGGCUGGACCGAACCAAGUCCAAGGAGAUGCGGAGCUGCCGCCGGGCGCCGGCGACACUCUCUGGAACGAUCCACUAUUGAAACAGAUCUCCCCUCCCGCCCGAGGCUCCACCAACGCGCCACCGUGCCCAGCUCCUAGCAACUCCGCCCGAAGUCUCCUAGCGCCGCGCCGCCCUACUUCCUCGGCUCCCAUCUGCCGCUCAGCAUCCGCCGCCCGCCAAUCCAACCGCCGGCGCCGCUGCUUCCGUCUGAUUCCGCCAGUACAAGUGCCUCUCCUCCCAACGGCGCCCAGAUCAGUUUGGUUUUGUCCCGUGACACUGUCCGGCUCGGAUUCUGACGAGAGAGGUACCGAUUGCAAGCCAGCCCAUCUCCAUCCAUCUUCCUCGACGCUGAUGAACCGGUUAAUUGAUAGUCCGGAGGCGAUUGGAGGUAAGCGGCGGCAGGGGCAGGCCAGCUUACGCGAGUGCGCCGGCAAAAGGCUGAAGAAGCAGAAGCAGAAGCACCUCUAUCUGGUGCUGGAUGACUAGAGCAAAGGCUUCACCAUCCAUAAGAUUGACGACGAUGGCAACCACUCUGAUCUCAGGGAACCGGGCGUCCUCCGGGUAAACACACCUGUACCUGGUCGUUGCAUGACAUUUGAUGCCAUUGGCAGCAACAUCUACAUCACCACCAACCCACGCUGUGGACUGACCCCCAGCCUCAUCUACGACACCGAGGCAGCAGGGCUGGCCGUUGGCCCUCCCCGCCCGGAACCACUGCUAGGUGACAACAACACGUGCAUCGC